GCUACACACGCCCUUCGCCAAGGCAUUUUAUGGCCUUGUCCCUCCCUCUUCCACCAAGUGAUAGCUUCCUCUCCGACUCUGUGUUGCAUCUCAAUUCUGUUCAAUAUCUGAAAUCCCUACUCUUGCAUUGCGAAUUUGCUCUCGCGCAUUCCAUCAAGAUCGACUUUGACAGGCGCUUUACGAGCCAUCCAAAGGACCCACGAGCGCUAUAGAAUCGCUAACGUCUAAUACGCAUCUGUCAUCGCUACCUCACUCUACCUUAAUUACCCUACCCGUACCACUACAACAACACAGAACACGUCGGGUUAAUUGUUCUCCCUUGCACCUAACGACCGCCGAGACACUUCGCGGCUCUGAUCAAGCUUCGCGAAACAGCCUCUACAUUUUUACUAGACUCACAUACACUACACUCGUCUCUAAUAUUGCGUCACAAAGAUGGUCAAGGAAACGAAGCUCUACGACCUGCUAGGGAUCAGCCCUACGGCUACCCAGGACGAGAUCAAGAAAGCCUACAGGAAAGCCGCCCUAAAAUGGCACCCCGACAAGAACAAGGACAACCCGGAGGCUGCCGAAAAAUUCAAGGAGUGCUCUCAGGCGUAUGAAAUCCUUUCGGAUCCCGAGAAACGCAAGAUGUACGAUCAGUUCGGCCUUGAAUUUAUCCUGAGAGGCGGCCCGCCCCCGACUGAGGGCGGCGCAAACCCAUUUGCCGGAGCUGGUGGCAUGCCCGAGGGCUUUGCUUCUUUCUUUGGAGGAGGAGGCAUGCCUGGUGGCGGAGGAGGUGCGAGAACAUUUUCCUAUGGAUUCAAUUUUACCAACCCCGAGGACCUCUUCCGGGAUGCUUUCCGGGAUGAAAAGAUGGGCGGCGGCAUGGGUGGUGGCAUGGGUGGUGGCAUGGGCGGAAUGGGUUUUGAAGACAUCCUCUUUAAUGCUGCGCGUGGUGGUGCAGGACAGCGCCGAACUGCGAGAAACCCCUUCGGCGGCGCCGACAACAUGCGCAGCGCCCGCCAAGCAACACCCGAAGUCACGACAGUUGAACGCCCCUUACCCGUAUCCCUUGAGGAUCUGUUCCACGGCACGACGAAGAAAAUGAAGAUCAAGCGCAAGACCUUUGACGAGACCGGUAAGCGCACGACGAGCGAUACCGUCUUGGAGGUACCAAUCAAGCCCGGCCUCAAGAAGGGUAGCAAAAUCCGGUUCAAGGGUGUUGGUGAUCAAGAAGAGGGUGGCCAGCAGGAUUUGGUGUUCGUCGUCGAAGAGAAACCACAUCCGCUUUUCACUCGGGACGGCAACGACCUAAUUCAUACUAUCGACUUAGACCUCAAGGAGGCAUUGACAGGGUGGAAGAGAACCAUCACGACGAUCGACGGCAAGAGCAUUAACAUUGAGAAGGCCGGCCCGACACAACCUGGGAGCCAAGAUGUAUAUCCGGGCCUGGGCAUGCCCAUCUCGAAGCAACCAGGCCAACGGGGCAACCUCAUCGUCAAGUAUAAUGUCAAGUUCCCCACCAGCUUGACGCCUGAACAAAAGGAAAAACUGAAGGAAAUCCUCUAAAUGGGGUCAAGCGAUGAGUAUCGGUUCUCUGUGGUAGUUCACUCUCGGAUACCUUUGUCCUUCUUGUCGCCUCAACAGGAAGGGACCAGCAGUCUUGGAUUGGCCUGAAGAACAGCUUUUAACGCCGGCCUUUGACAACAUUCGGGAACCUGUUCGGAUCCACCCCCUUGAGUGUAUGUAGAAUGGUGGGCGUGUUGGAUUUGUUUUUUACCCGGGGGGCAUUUGCUUUGGUCUCUGUCCGCCAUGUGCGGUUCUUGACCAUGGUCCACCAUAUUUGGGCGUUACUGGAUUUGUUUCUUCUUUUGGUGCUCAGCUUUCAUCGCGUCAGGCUCGCAUUGAGAUUGGUAUUGUUGGUUUAGGCGGCAUGUGUGGUGGGAGCUGAUGAUGACAAUUUUCAUGAUAAUGAGUAUCCCCGACAAAAGUUCUUAGGCCCCCUGUUGUGAAUGUUGGGAGAGGAAAGGGCGCUGGUCUCUCUUAGCAUGUUGCGUCCUCUCAAGGUUCAACAAUAGCCAGAGACACGCGAGGCCAACGUCAAUGGGAAUACCAUAGCAGGCUUAGAUAUCAAAUGGCUAUAUCUUUUAUAGAAGACGGCUUGGACUACUGCAUCUCGGAAUGGAUUCAAGGUGACAAUCCUCGGUCACCACCACCAAACGACACACACGAGGAGAAAAUUGAUCGUGACCAUAGACUACCAAGCGGGGUGGCUAGAACCGAUAGAUGGACAUAGUUACUACAGAAUGAAAAUCAAUGUGCCCAGAA